AUGGAUGGGGGAAAAUCCCAAUCCUCUCAAGAGGGGGAUGAAGCCCCGCGAGCUCCAAAACAGUUAAAGAUUGGGCACCAAAGCAAGGGGAAAGGGAUCGAAACCCAAUCUGCCCAAAGUAAGGGGAAAGGGAUCGAAGCCCAAUCCGCGCCGAGUGCUUGGCUUCCCGCCCCAAUGCUCCACGGGGAGCCAUUGCUGGAAACCGCGUCCAUGAGGGACCUUGGAGAUGGCGAUGGCGGUUAUGUGGCCGAUGCAUUAAGGAGAACCAUGCCGCUUCCUACUGAUGUGGAAGAGUUAAAGAACAUGAGGAGGCAGGAGGUUUUCCUUAGCGUGAAGAGGUACCUAGGUAUGGCUAUCCAGGCCACCUAUAGGAUGGAGGAAGAAGUUAAGAGGCAGAGUAAGGCCGCCGAGGAUGAACGCACCAAACGCAUAGAUGUUGCGCGGACCCUCAAAGCUUCCAAGGCUGAUCUCGUGAAGGCUAGGGAGGACUUAAAGGAGGCUACCCGAGACAGGGAUAGUGCCUUGGCAGGUUUAACUGGUGCCCAAAAACAGGCCGAGGAACAGAGAAAGCGCCUACUCGAUGCCGAGGAGCAAUUGCAGAUAGCUAAGGAGCAGAUCAGUGACUUGAAGAAGAAACUGAUCAUGGUUGACAAUGCUAAGGGCGUGGCAGAGUUUGCUCGGGACAAAGCCGUGAGAGCCAAGCAGGAGGCUGAGUUUGCCAGAAAUGAGGCCGAAGCUGCUAGGGACAAGGCCGAGGAGGAGGGUUACGAGACGGGAGUAGCUGAAACCCAGGCCUCCCUUAAAGCUCAAAUCCUAGGAGUAUGCAGGCUAUACUGCUCCCAGGUUUGGGUAGAAGCCCUCAAAUGA